AUGUCUUUUUUCUGGCAUUCCCGGGGCCACCCCUCCAAGCCCAAACACGCACCUACCACAGACAAGAGUCUCGACAAGAUCACAAUCACAUCCCCUCUACGUCGGAUCCAUAGAAAAGACACCAAAGUGAUGGCGCUGUCGCCAGUGGCCUCGAGAGGUGGCAACAGAAAUUUCACUCCAGGUCUUCUGAGACCUCAGGAUAUUCUCAGCAUUCACACUACUCACACGGAUUACAUUUGCGGAGUGGUCAAGAAAAGACGCACUUGUAAGAACUCUCUUUACUGUACUGUUCACACGCUUCAGGAACGCCUCGCGGUAUAUCGCACUAAACCGUUGCAUGAGCUCAUGAAGGAUGAGUGUCUCAACAGGGCAUUGUACGCAGAGCGUAGAAACCUCGCAAAGACUUUUUUUCGCUGCAAAGCGUAUUGGACUGGCAACCAGUUCAGUGAAGAUAUGGCAGCAACGUGUAGUCAUUCUAGCUGCUCGACCAACUCGAGUGAACACGGCUUCAGAGAGUCAAAGCACCUCAGUUCACUUGCUGCUGGAAAAGAAUUGACUGAAACGCGGUGGUCGGGAGAACUGGUGAAAAAACUGUUUCUCAAAAGGUUGGCAUGCUCGCACAACCGUAGUAGAGACGAUUUCGUAUCGUAUGUAUUCUAUAAGCUCGAAGGCUACGAAAUCUUGGAACUUGAUGUCAGAGCAAGAGAGAUCGAGGCUAGGUUCGAAACCUCUCGGUGA